CCAAGUGAUUAAUUCUCUGGGGUAUUACCAUGUCGCCAAACCCUGCACAGACUCCAGUUGCCUCUUUACUAUCUCGUUGCGCGCUGGCAUCAAGUAUUGACACAUCAUAAGCGUCAACAAAACUCACUCAAAACUAAACUCGUGUGUCCUCCUCUCCGUCACCGUAGCCACGACGCCACACGAACUAGCCCUCACCACUCUUCAAGAUUGAGCAUCUAUCGCCGCAUUCACAGGCAGAACCAUGCCGACCUCAUCUCUUUGCACGCACGCGUGACUGGAUUGACCUGACAACAGACAUACGCUUCAUUCCACCGUCCAUUCACCACCCAAUCCCGCACUUUCUGCACCCGCGCCGCGUUUCUCCCAUUCGGGCCAUGAGUGCGGGAGUUUGAGCAAGAUACUUGCAUCCAGAGACACUGCGCUAGCGCCCGCCUCGCACCCCCUUGCCCCGCGCCAUUUGAUUCGUCGCCCAGCCAAAGGGAAGCCAUACCCAUCUUGAGCCUCUCUCUCUCUAUCUCUCUGUGUGGCCUCUCGUCCAUCCUCUGUCAAUGUCCAGCAGUCUUUCACACCAGACGCUUAUUUGACUUGGGGCAGCCCUAGACAGCUGUUCCUCCCCCCGCUAGACUAGGACGAGAGAAAUAAACUUGCUCAAUUGGCGUCCUCUAUUGGCUCACCUUCCCGUUGCGGGGGGCCAGAGGGCUAAUCGACUCUCUUGUAUCUUCUCUCGGUCUCCUGGCCCUUGUCGCGGUGAAGAUCCGCCGUCAAGCCCAGACAGUACGAGACAAAGGUCGUGGAAAGGAUGUGACCAUCGUCUUGCUACCGCACACCCGCGAAGCGAGUGGUCGCCAUGGGUUCUUUGACGAGUCCACUCCGCGCCUCUCUCUCUCUUCUCUCUCUCUAGCUGCAUGUGUGGCGUCUCUGAGGGGAUAUUCCCUCGUGCUGCGAAGCUGGUCCCGGGGGACCGUUCUAGUCCAUCUGCCACCGCAGCUACAGCUCGCAUCCUUGUCUGUGUUUCCUUUGCUCGAGGGAAGGGUAAGCAGAGCUGCCUACCAUGGGCACGGCAUGCUCAUGCGGGGAGGAUGCUGGUGGCUCUGAUAUAUAAUCGCUUUGCCUCCGCUGAGCUCGUCCGCCCCGACAUCUCACCUUUCUCCCAUCACGUCUUGGCAGUUCUCCAUCACCUGGCAUCCCCGACCCGCUGUACAAAGUUAAACAAGAGCCAGACCCUGAAAGACCCUCGCCGAAACCCGACACACCAUGGCCCCCAAGACCCUCCUCGUCGCCCUCGGCGCCGCGAACCUCGCCUCCGCCCACUUCGGCCUCACCUAUCCUGAAUGGCGCGCCGACACCCUCAAGCCGACUAACGUGACGGGCUUCUCGCAGUGGACAUACCCAUGCGCCGGCGUCCCCUACGGUGCGGGUAAUGUCACUGACUGGCCACUCGACGGUGGCGCCGUCGAGCUGGACCUGCACCACGACUGGACCUACGUCUUCAUCAAUCUCGGCCUCGAGGCCAACGGCAACGUCUCGACGCACAACAUCACCCUGACACCUCAGUUCUGGAACGCCACCGGCUCCGGCACCCUCUGCGUCGAGAAGCUGGCCCUGCCCACGCCCGCCCAGGAAGGCCAGCGCGCCAGUCUGCAGGUCAUCACCGUCGGCGACUCGGGAGCCGGCCUGUACAACUGCGCCGACAUCCGCUUCACAUCCAACGCCACGAACCCCUCGUCGGAGCAGUGCAAGACCGAGGGCGUCUCGGUCUACACGGUCAAGGAGCAGAGCGCCAACGGCACCAUCGAAGGCGGCGCCGGCAACAGCACCGGCAACUCGACCGGCGGCAACGGCGGCUCCAGCGGCACGGCCGGCAGCGGCGUGCACAUGCUCGCCCUGACGACCGUCGUCGGUCUCAGCUUCACCUUCGUCUUUGGCAUGAGCUUGUAAGGAAGGCCACGAAACCAGCCUGGUCCUGGAGGAGAGGGAGUCAGUAUUGGUUUGGAAUGUUUGAUGAACGUCACGAUAUAAAGGGGGAGCGGAAGUACAGCGUCAGAAAUGCGUUGGUGCGCGUUUAUGUGUGUGCGUGUGUUUGUGUGUGUGUGUGUGUGUGUGUGUGUGUGUGUGUGUGUGCGUGUCCCUUCUAAUGUACAUGAAAUGCUUUGAUACCAACUAGUCAGUUCAUCCCCUGGAUGCAAACAUGAGUAGAAGGAAAAGGAAAAGGAAAAGGAAAAAAAAGAACCAGAUUGCAUCUCAAUGCUGUGCUCAGUGUGUGUUUGUAUAUGUGUGAGAUGCGACAAUGAAACAAAUGCAGAUGUCCAAAACUACUCAAGUUUAUCAUGCUCGGAAAAUUCAUGCUCUUCUUCUCAACAACAUCAAAGUGGUAUCUCUCGCGGUAACAUCAUCCAUCCCAUCUCGAGUCGCUGCAAGCCAGCGACCUCUAUAUCUCGAC